UCAUUUUUUACGUGUCAAAUUUGUAGAUGAGGCUUUGAGUAAAGUUAGUUGUUCACCUAAUGGUGUUACUAAUGAUACUCCUAACCUUGCUUUAUAUAAUAGAGUUUAUUAUACUUUAUGUCAUGGUAUCACUAUUGGUGCGAAUUCUUGGCUUUCUCUGAGAGUCAAUUAAGAGAUCAUAGUUGUUGGUUUUUUUCAUCAAUUGGUGAUUUAACUGCUGAUAAGGUUAGAACAGAGAUGGGGAUUUUUUCAACAAAUAAAAGUGUAGCAAAAUAUAUUGCUCAAAUGGAUCAGUGUUUUUCGAGUACUCGUAAUAUUCAAAUGGAUCAAAUGGAUCGGUGUUUUUCGAGUACUCGUAAUAUUAAAAAGCCACCUAUUGUUAAAAUUAAAGAAAUUCCUGAUAUAGUUAGAAAUGGUUUCACUUUUUCAGAUGGGGUAGGGAAUAUCUCUUUUUCAUUAGCAAAGAAGAUUGCUUAUGAUUUCAAAUUAAAAACUAUUCCAACAAUUUAGAAUGGCUGGGUAUAAGGGUGUUUUAUGUCAGUCAAAUAAUGUGAAAGAUAAUGAAGUUCAAGUUCGUCCUAGUCAACAUAAAUUUGAAUC